CUUGAAAGGGCAUUUGCAAAUGGCGGGUAUCUCUUUCAACAGCCGUAUGUUUGGCAUUUCUUGUGGGACCCUUAUCUUACAUAGAUCCGCUUAAAUGCAUGUUCACUGAAAGUCAAGCAGUUUGUCUGGUGGCCAUCAAUUCUGCGACACAUUCACUAUCAGUUUACAGCUCCCAGUCACACUACUCGUCCAAGCAUUCCUCCUCUCCUGUCUCUGAUCUUCACCCCUGUAUCGGUCUUUCUCAGCCCUCAGCUGUUAGCCGACAAGACGAGUAGGAGGUGUCCAGCAUGCACUCCAUGUUGGUGAUGGUGACGUUGCCAUUUAAAGUGCUGGAAGAGGCAAACUCGGGUUCCGAUUCCAACCCGACUGAUGCAGUCAUCUUCGUGGGUAUCAGCUUGGUGUUAGGGAUAGCUUGCAGGCAUCUGCUGAGGGGUUCCAGAGUGCCUUACACGGUUGCUUUGCUAGUCGUUGGCAUUGGUCUCGGAGCCUUGGAUUAUGGAAAGCAUAAUCAGCUUGGAAAGAUUGGGAAUGGGAUUCGUAUCUGGGCAAAUAUUGAUCCUGACCUUUUAUUGGCUGUUUUUCUUCCUGCACUUCUCUUCGAGAGUUCAUUCUCAAUGGAAGUGCAUCAGAUAAAGAGGUGCAUGGUCCAAAUUAUUCUACUUGCUGGGCCUGGAGUGCUCAUUUCAACUUUUGUUCUUGGAUCCGUGUUAAAGCUUGCUUUCCCAUAUAACUGGAGCUGGAAAACAUCUUUAUUGCUUGGGGGAUUGCUGAGUGCUACUGAUCCCGUGGCUGUUGUCGCUUUGCUAAAAGAACUUGGGGCAAGCAAGAAAUUGAGCACCAUAAUUGAAGGAGAAUCCUUGAUGAAUGAUGGGACGGCAAUCGUUGUAUAUCAACUGUUUUUGCGCAUGGUUCUUGGAUGGAGCUUUAACUGGGGAUCAAUAUUCAAGUUUUUGCUGCAAGUCACCAUUGGGGCAGUGGCCAUUGGUCUUGCUUUAGGACUGUCAUCUGUUUUUUGGCUGGGAUAUAUUUUCAAUGAUACCGUGAUAGAGAUCACACUCACACUUGCUGUGAGCUAUGUAGCUUAUUUCACCGCACAAGAAAUGGCCAAUUUUUCGGGUGUAUUGACUGUCAUGACGUUAGGAAUGUUCUACUCUGCUGUUGCUAAAACUGCUUUCAAGGGUGACGGGAAAAAAAGUAUGCAUCAUUUUUGGGAAAUGGUCGCAUAUAUUGCCAACACAUUAAUUUUUAUCUUAAGCUCAUAGGGCUGUGCGAAGAGUAUAGAUCCUGUCUUCACCGCUGGAAAUAGUCCGGUCAAUGUUCGGCCACCCGCCCCUAAAUACCACACUCAUGGUGGUGUUGGAAGUGGGCUUGUCAUAGCAGAUGGAUUUCUUCAAAGUGACAACUUUUCUAAAACCCAUGAAUAUUCCUGGGGUUACCUCAUCCUUCUCUACAUUUUUGUUCAAGUCUCCCGGAUAGUUGUUGUUGGAGUAUUGUUUCCACUUCUGAGGUGCUUUGGCUAUGGUUUAGAUUGGAAAGAAGCUAUUAUUCUCGUAUGGUCUGGCCUACGAGGGGCUGUAGCAUUAUCUCUUUCGCUAUCUGUGAAGCGUUCAAGUGGUAACUCAUCUCUUAUCAAUUCGGAGACUGGAACUCUGUUCAUUUUCUUUACCGGUGGAAUUGUGUUCUUGACGCUGAUUAUCAAUGGAUCAACAACACAAUUCAUUUUACACUUCUUAAAAAUGGAUAAGCUAUCAUCAGCAAAGCGGCGCAUAUUAAAUUACACGAAGUAUGAGAUGUUGAACAAAGCUGUGGAAGCAUUUUCUGACCUUGGAGAUGACGAGGAACUAGGACCUGUUGACUGGCCUACUGUCAAAAGAUAUCUUACAUGCUUAAAUGAUUUAGAGGAUGAUGAAAGAAUGCACCCUCAUUCUUCAUCAGGAAACAAUGAUAGCCUACAUCAUCUAAAUACAAAAGAUAUCCGGAUUCGCUUUUUGAAUGGUGUUCAAGCUGCUUACUGGGGAAUGCUAAAUGAGGGAAGGAUAACACAGACCAUUGCAAACAUUCUAAUGGAAUCUGUUGAUGAAGCACUUGACUUAGUAUCUCAUGUGGCUUUGUGUGAUUGGGAAGGCCUAAAAACUUAUGUGAAUAUUCCGAAUCGUUAUAAGAUUCUUCAAACAAGUAUUGUCCCGCAAAAACUUGUCACAUACUUCACUGCCGAGAGAUUAGAAUUUGCGUGUUAUAUCUGUGCAGCCUUUCUCCGGGCCCAUAGGAUUGCAAGGCAGCAACUAAAUGACUUUAUUGGAGAUAGUGAAAUCACAUCAUCUGUGAUAAACGAAAGCAAAGAAGAAGGGGAGAAAGCACAAAAUUUUCUUGAAGAAGUACGGCUCACAUUUCCUCAGGUUCUCCGUGUUGUCAAAACGAGACAAACAACGUAUACUGUACUGAAUCGAUUGAUGAAGUAUGUGCAUAAUCUUGAAGAGAUUGGUUUGUUAGAAGAAAAAGAGAUGAUUCAUCUUCAUGAUGUUGUACAGACUGACCUGAAGAAACUCUUACGGAACCCCCCUGGAGUAAAGAUGUCAAGUGUUCGUGAUUUGAUAGGUAUAAAUCCUUUCCUAGGAGCCCUUCCUUCCACAGUCAGUGAGACCCUAGUUGGCUGUACCAAGGAGAUUAUGAAGUUAAGUGGUUCUACACUGUAUAGAGAAGGAGAUAAGCCAACCGGUAUUUGGCUUAUUACAAAUGGAGUGGUGAAGUGGACAAGCCGGAUUUCAAGCCAUAACCACCGGCUGCAUCCCACAUUUACACAUGGAAUUACAUUGGGAUUGUAUGAAGUUCUUGUUGGAAAGCCAUACAUCUGUGAUAUUGUCACUGAUUCAGUGGUUCGCUGUUGUUUUAUUGAAACAAAGAAGUUACUUUAUGCUCUUAAAUCUAAUCCUACAGUAGAAGAUUUCUUUUGGCAGGAAAGUGCUACUGUUCUUGCCAAUGUCUUGCUUCCUGAAGUUUUUGGGAAAGUUGGGAUGCCUGACCUAAGAGCUUUUAUUGCACGAAAAUCCACACUGAGUACAUACACAAGGGGGGAAAGUUUCGAAUUGGCUCACCAUUCUAUUGGUUUUUUAUUAGAAGGAUUUGUGAAGAGUCAAGGUGAAGAUGGCCAGUUAGUAUCCUUUCCUGCAGCAUUAUAUCCUUCUUGCGAAGGGAAAAGUUCAGGGAAAUCUGAAAAGGAAGGUGCCAGGGUAGACAGUUUUUCACAUCAACCACAUUGGUAUCAAGUUGAGACAAGAGCUAGGGUUAUCGUGUUUGAUGAUGUUGGAGCAUUUGAAACACACUCAAGCUCCCAUAGGAUUUCAUCUUCGUUUUUAUUACAUCCAGCAGAGCUCCAACUUAGAUCACUUAGUAGAGAUGGUGGGAGCCUAAUGAGUUGGCCCGAACAUUCAUCUUUGCCCGAAGACCAUUACAGUCGAGAAGGCACUUAUCGCCAGAAAAAUAUUCUCUCCACACCGUCAAUGCACCCAUGUAUGUUUGGUGGUAUGACAAGCAGCAUCAAAGGGCCAAAAGACAAAAGCAUUACUUCUCAAAGUCUGUCAUAUCCAAGGAUUUCAUCAAAUGUUGCACGGCCUCUUGUCUCUACGAGAUCAGAGGGAUCUUGCACCAUUUAUAAGCCUGUUGAUGUUCAUGGAACCAACAAAGAAGACAGUGUUACUAAAC